CACUCGAUUCGAGUCACGUGCAGGAAAUGAUCAAAACACUACCGCAGUCAGUCAGCUACAGGCAAAAUAUAUUAUACAUCAUAACAGAUGCAGAUAUUUUAUCACCGAUCUUCGCGUUUUUAACAGAGACACGCCAGUUAUGGAAAGGAAAACAAUAGCUUAGAUGGUUUACAAGAAUGACGUAUUCCGGAUGAUUUGGACUUUGUGUUUUUGAGUUAGCACAAUUCAACUGCAAAUUAAGAGAUUGCACAUGCAUUAAAUGACAUUCGAGUGUUAUUUUGAUAUAAGGUAAUAUUCAAUUCAGGUUGUUGCUAUUACUUAAGUGUCCAUUAGUCGCUUUAAAUACAGCUAGAACUACUAUGAAGGGACUUUACUGCAAACCAGGAGGAGACCAAGAGGAUGUCAAGUUUGUCUUACAGGAGACGAGUUUACCCACUAAUAUUGGCAACCAUCAGGUCAAAGUUCAAGUUAAAAGCUGUGCACUAAGCCCAGUUGAUUUUAAGAUGUAUGAAGACCUCAAGCUUGAGAAGGAGCAUGUUCCGGUUGGAAGGGAGAUCACUGGGGUUGUUCUUCAAGUGGGACCUAAAGUGAUGUUUUUCCAACCAGACGAUGAGGUUGUGGGGAUUCUCCCAUUGGAUGCUGAGCAGUCUGGCCUUUGUUCAGUCGUGCUUAUCGAUGAAUUUAAUCUAGUUCCCAAGCCAGAGAAAGUGAGCUGGUUUGAAGCAGCAGCGGUAAUUAAAGAUGGUCUCAGGGCCUACACCGCUCUUCAUACGCUGGCUCGAAUGGCAGCAGGACAGACUGUACUGGUGCUGGAUGGGGCGUCUCCCUUUGGAGUUCUGGCCAUUCAGCUUGCCCACUAUCAUGGUGUGAAAGUCUUGGCUACGGCUUUGUCCCCGGAGGACCAGAAGUUCUUGCAAGAGCUCCGGCCGAGUGUGGGUGUGCAGGAAUCACUUUUGGCUCGAGUGAUCAGAGUGUGGGACGCAAAGGAUGAUUUGGUGGACUCGUGCCUUGAAGAGACUGGAGGUCUUGGAGUUGACAUCAUCGUUGAUUCAGGAGUGAGACUCUAUGAUGAAGAGCCAGAAGCACAGACGAAACAGCCACAUAAACACGACCUCCUCACCAUGCUUUCAGUUGGAGGUCAUUGGGUCACCACAGAACAGCACUUACAGCUGGACCCUCCCGACAGCCACAUUCUCUUCCUGAAGGCAGCAUCGCUCUCAUUUCUUAAUGAUGAAGUGUGGACAGCGUCCCGUGCCAAGCAGGGCCGAUAUCUUCAUAUCUUGAAGGAUGUGAUGGAUAAACUCUGCAUGGGGACUUUUAGGCCACAGAUAGAGCACCCUGUGCCUUUAUAUGAAGCCACCGUCUCAAUGGAGAUGGUACAGAGGAAGCAAGUGAGGAAGAGAAUAGUCGUCAAGCUUUGAAACGAACUCCUAAAUAUGUUUUCCAAUAAUGUUGUUUUGAUUCUCAUCAUGUUUUAUUUGACAUAAGGCUGACAUCUGUACAUUUCUGUUGCUAUUUAAAAUCAUUUCAACAGAAGUCAUGUUCAUUUCAACAAAACAAUGAAAUAAUAAAUGUAGAUUAUUACUAAAUAAACAGCUAAAUGUAAAGUGUUCUGAUAUAAACCUCUGAAGAUAUUUACAUUAAACAUUUUUGCUAAGCAACUCUAGUUUUGACACACACUAUAGACACACAGGUUUUUCCCUGCUCAAGCAUUCCCUAUGGAUUAUUAAUGGCACCAUCUGAUCCCAUGUCUCCUGGCUAUUGAUAUGUGCAUCUCUGUGUGGAAAAGAGCCUAUAAUAGUGACUUGAAUCUUGCAUCAUUGUUCAAAGUAUGUAUCUGAUUAUCAGUAGUCUCCUAUUAAACUCUCAGGAUGAUGCUUGCUUGCUUUCAA